UGCGCCGGACAAGGGCACCAGAGGAGGAGCCGGGAGCCGUCGGGCCCCGGGGAGUCAGCUGCUGCACCUGGCACGGGUGGCCAUGGGGAAGCGAUACUUCUGCGACUACUGUGACCGCUCCUUCCAGGACAACCUCCACAACCGGAAAAAGCACCUGAACGGCCUGCAGCACCUCAAGGCCAAGAAGGUGUGGUACGACAUGUUCCGGGAUGCCGCCGCCAUCUUGCUGGAUGAACAGAACAAGCGGCCCUGCAGGAAGUUCCUUCUGACAGGCCAGUGUGACUUUGGCUCCAACUGCCGCUUUUCCCACAUGUCCGAGCGGGACCUGCAGGAGCUGAGCAUCCAGGUGGAGGAGGAGAGGCGGGCCCGGGAGUGGCCAGUGGAUGCCCCUGAGCUCCCUGAGGGCAGUCUGGAGGACUGGCUGGAGAAGAGGAGCAAGCGGCUGAGCUCCACCCCAAGCAGCAGGGCUGAACCCAUCAGAGCCACCGUCUUCCAGUACCCCAUGGGCUGGCCGCCAGUCCAGGAGUUGCCCCCCUCCCUGCGGGCACCCCCACCUGGGGGGUGGCCCCUGCAGCCCAGAGUCCAGUGGGGCUGAGCUCACAGUCCCCACCAGACUCUGACCCAAUCAACUAUCCCGUCACAAUAAAGACAACUUUUCAUACUGGG